AUGUUAAAUUAUAAACUCACUGAACUUUCAAAAGCUCGAUUAAAUGAAAAUGAGCAUUUGAUUGCUAAACAAACGAACAAAAUUGAUUUGAUGGCUAAAUUCGAUUCUCAAGAGAUGGAAUUAAAGAGCAAGCAAGGAUACACAAAACAACACUUUAUGAUAUUUCAAUAUGAUGCCAUAAUUCUGGAAAUAGAAUGUUUGAUUAAAAGUCUUGAGCAACAAGAAUUUAGCAGAACAAAACUAUUGCUUGAAUUUUUGAAGAUCAUAUUGCAGGAAUUGAUAAUGACCGCAUACAAUUGCAGCAGAUGCAAAUUAUCAUUGUCAGGAAUAUAA